AUGAAAGAUAAACAAAGUUUUAAAUGUUUUCUUUUAGCGGUCAGCAUGCCUCUGGAUAAGCGAAUAAGUAAUCCACAGGAUGUACGCACUUGGACUGUAUCGAAGGCUUAUCGUGACGUGAUGGAUUUGAUCCAAACGGUUAGCAAACAUGUUACGGGUAAACCGAUUAAACCAGACAUCCCCGUUUCUCCUGCUGUUUCUUCUGUUUGUGAACUACUCCGUGAAUUAAACAAAAAGAUUGAUGACUUUCCGGCCGAAGAACAACCACAAAGAUUUGGAAAUAAAUCGUAUCGGUUGUGGUUUCAGUGGAUGAGUGAGAAUGCGAUGGAACUUUGUCGUUCAACGCUGUUUGAGAAGUGUAGUGUUACGACAUCCGUUGUAGAGAAUGUCCCAUUCGAGGAAAUUGUGGAAGAAAUCGCGGGCUAUUUCACAGAGUCUUUUGGCAAUUCAACUCGUAUCGAUUAUGGAACAGGGCAUGAGUUGGCCUUUGUUGCCUUUCUGGCGUGCCUGUUCAAAUGCGGUAUUUUGCAUGCGCCCAAUCCGGGCUCACCGAACGAUUACAUCGGUGUCGGUUUGGUAAUCAUGCCCACCUAUUUGGAGCUGGUGCGGCGAUUACAACUAUAUUAUCGGAUGGAACCGGCCGGUUCACACGGCGUGUGGUGUUUGGACGACUUUCAAUUUGUUCCCUUCAUAUGGGGCAGUAGUCAACUAAUCGGUCACGGACAAUACGGACCAUCUUCCAUUCCGGACCGCCACACCGCUACCGAUGAGAAAGAUCGGUACCUCCUUUUCUCAUGUAUUGAUUACAUAUAUCAGGUUAAAACAGGGCCGUUUGAGGAACAUUCAAACACGUUAUACGGUAUCGCACAAGUUCCAUAUUGGGAGAAAGUUCAUUCCGGAUUGAUAAAAAUGUACAAAGGCGAGGUAUUGGGCAAGUUUCCGGUUGUUCAGCAUUUUCUCUUCGGUCAGUUAUUAACAAUGGAUCGUGCAUCUGGCCCGGGUCUUUCAUUCGGUCCUCCUGGGUCUGGCACUCCCGGUCAAAUGCCUCCUCCAUCAAUGAUUCCACCAUGUGGCGCGGCACGUGCCACGAUGUCCACUGCACCCCCAACUUCGGACAAACCCAUCUCUUGCCCCACGGCGGGCGAUAUGAAACCGGCAGUUCCGUCGGAGCCAAAUACUUGA